GGUCACGGGUUGAGGGCAAAUCAAAAAGGGUUGCACUGUGAGUGCAGCAAUUGUCAGGUGGACAGGGAGUCUAUUUUAGUAAGCCAUUCACAUGAGACUUUGAAUACAUAACUCUUUCACUAAUAAUCAUGAAGUGCUUUUUCUUUUCCUGACUCAACAGUCGCUGCCCUCUCUGAGUUCCUCUCACCUUUAAGCAGUCCAGCUAUCUAAGUCUCUACAGCCAUGUGUUUAUUUAGAUUAAGUGGAGUCCAGCUUUAAGGUACUGUAAACUGCAGACAUGUCUGAGGGACCGAGAAAGCCAAAAUAUUCAGCAACACGCCGGCUGCAUUUAAAGUCCAAACUGUUGAAGAGGGCAGCUUCUAUGCUGGUGACUGAAAGCGAAGAGAAGAAACAGGAGAAAGUAAGAGUUGUGAAUGAGAGCUACCCCCCACUAAAGCUGUCAGGUCUGUCAGUCGAGGAGCUCCAGAAUCUUUGCAAAGACCUACAUCGUAAGAUUGAUGUUGUAGAUGAAGUACGUUAUGAUAUGGAGGUUAAGGUAGUCAAAAAUGACACAGAGAUCCAGAUGCUGUCUCAGAAGAUGGCUGGGCUGAAGGGGGCAAAGAGGCCAAACUUGAAGAGGGUGAAGAAAACUACAGAGGACAUGCUGGGUGCAUGCUCCGACAGCUCCAAACUCAUGAAGGCUGACUUCAAGGCCAAACUUAAGACAGUGAAGAAAGAGGAAGAAAAGAAGGAAGAAGUGACUGACUGGCGUAAGAACGUGGAGGCCAUGUCUGGUAUGGAGGGCAGGAAGAAGCUGUUUAAUGCAGGAAAAUAAGAAGAAUUAUUGUCCAGAUUUAAGAAGUUUCCAUUGCAAGAUUAAAUAAAACUUGUUUUUGUAAAGAAUGAUAUCAACCACAGGCACUUGUAAAAGAAUCAAUAAAUGCACCAUUUAGAUUAUACAGCAUUAAAUAGUUUAAUCGUGCUUUAAUGUAAACAUGUAUGUAUAAAAUGCCACUGUAUGCCAUGGAUGUAAUCAUACACUGUAAAUUGUAUAGUAUACAGUACCCUUUGCAUAUUGAAAUUGUGCGAAAGAAAAGGCUGAUUAGCUUUAUGAGUUGGUCUUUUAAAGUGCAGUAUCUGUGUUACACAGAGGAUGGCGCUGUCCAGGUAGUCUGUAAUACAUGUGAGGAUUGAUUAAAUGACCAUAACAACUUUA